UAGAAACCCUCAAGCAGAAGAGCUGAUGGCUUUUUCCAAGAAAUAGGCUGGGAGAAGUCCUUUUGGGUCACAGAUGAAAAUCCUGGUGGCCUUCCUUCUCAGCCCUGGUGCAGAGUCCCAGGUCCUUGGCACGGGCUGGAGGCUCAGGAUGGACCCCCUCUUCCCUGCCCACAUUUUGGAAGACCCCGACCUGCGCAAGCUGCUGAACGACUCCUCCAUGCUGAACCUCAGCUUCCUCCCCACCAACUGGUUCAACAACAGCACGGGGGACAGCUUCCUGCCGCUGAGCAUCAAGAUCACCAUCGUGGUCGUCUACUCCAUCGUCUGCAUCGUGGGGCUGGUGGGCAACUGCUCCGUCAUGUACGUGAUCGUCAGAUUCACCAAGAUGAAGACAGCCACCAACAUUUACAUCUUUAACCUCGCUCUGGCCGAUACCUUGUGUCUGAUGACCUUACCCUUCCAGGGUACGGACACGUUCCUGGGCUUCUGGCCCUUUGGCAAUGUCCUCUGCAAGAUUGCCAUCUCUAUAGACUACUACAACAUGUUCACCAGCACCUUCACCCUGACAAUGAUGAGCGUUGACCGCUACAUCGCGAUCUGCCACCCGAUCAAAGCCCUGGACAUCCGCACUCCCCACAAGGCCAAGGUGGUGAACGUCUGCAUCUGGGCACUGGCUUCUGUCUUCGGCAUCCCAGCGAUGGUGAUGGGAUCUGCAGAGAAUGAAAAUAAUGAAAUUGAUUGUCUAAUUAAGCUCCCUUCACCCGUGGAUUACUGGGAUCCAGUGUUUGGCAUCUGCGUCUUUCUCUUCUCCUUCAUGAUCCCCGUGUUGAUCAUUACCAUUUGCUACAGCCUCAUGAUCCGACGCCUCAAGAACGUCCGCGUCCUCUCAGGCUCCAAGGAGAAGGACCGAAACCUGAGGCGCAUCACCCGCAUGGUCCUGGUGGUGGUGGCCGUCUUCAUCAUCUGCUGGACUCCCAUCCAGAUUUUUGUGCUGGUCCAGUGCUUGGGCGCCAAGGCAGAGAGCGAGCUCGAGCUGGCCAUCUCCUGCUUCUGCACGGCGCUGGGCUACGCCAACAGCAGCCUGAACCCCGUCCUCUACGCCUUUUUGGAUGAGAACUUCAAGGCGUGCUUCAAGAAGUUCUGCUUCCCCAGCGCCUUCAGGACGGAGCUGCAGAUGUCCAACAGGAUGUGCAGCAUCGCCAAGGAUGUGGCUUAUGCCUGCAAGAACUCGGAGGGGACUAACAAUCCGGCCUGACUAGGCAUGGAAAUUCCCAUGGUGGCUGUCGCCCAGCAGAGUCCAACCACCCCCACGUCGGAGCUAACUCAGAUAACGGCCCUUUAGCAGGGCCUCAGGACUGAGAGGCAAGAAACCAAGGAAAUAAUUUUGGGGGUUGGGCAAAUUGGACACCGCAAGAGCAUGCAAAAAAAAAAAAAAAAGGCAGUUUGAUGUAUUUUUAAUUCCGGUGCACGCUGCACUGAGGAACAUCUCUAAAAUCAGCCUUUUGAUUCCUGUGAAACCCUGAUGGUUUGCAACGCUGUGGAGAAUUUGGGAUUUAAGGGUUUCAAACAGGCAUUGCUCCUGCACCUUACGCUUCUGCUGCUGGGAGACAGACAAAACGCAGACUUUUCCAUUUCUUUUUCUCCUCCCUGAGUUCAGACUCUCGGCUCGCGUGGCUCACCAGGUAGCUCGUGUGCGGUUUUAUUCCUGCGGCACUGCUCUGAAAUGAGACUUCGCUGAAGCCAAAGCGGGCAGCGGCUGUCGGAGCAAACCCAAGAUCAUCUCCAGGAUGAGUCACCGCCAGGGGAAGGCUGCGGGGAGGGAGAGGAGGGAGCAGAGCUGGUAGAAAGGGAAAUUCAAGCUGCCAGGAGCCGGGGCUCGAAGCCUCAGGCGGACAAGGGCAGCUCCUGGGGACGGAGCUCUGCGGCAAAAUCCUCUGCCCGAGCUGGGCAUUGAGGGGGGGCUGCCAAAGCUGACGAGCACAGCUCAGAAGAGGAGGAAGAAAAGACAGAUGAAAUGAACACACCUUUGUUUACAUGCUGCUAUAAUUUUAUUUUUUUUAAGCACUGUAUUUCCGUUGUGAUAAUGGACAGAAUGGCUGUAUAUACGCACACGCGUCUCAAUAUUGCUAUGGGUACAGCUAUGGCAUGGGAUUUUGGCUUGCCAAGCAUGCCUUGGUGACCCUCCUUGCUGAGAGGGGGAAGGAAAGAGGUGGCUUAUGUACACAAGUACUUAUGUAUAGGGGAAAGCCAGCUCAGAGCAUUACACUGGCAGCUCCUCCAGGAGACACGGGUGUUUCUGGUGUGAAGGGCAGCCUAAAACAGUCCCACCUGCUCCGUGUCAGAUAAACAGUGUACAGACCAUACAAAAAGCAGUUUAUUUUUUUUAAGCAAAAUGACUUACGUGAUGCUAAAAGAGUUGGGGAAAUGCUGCUGAGGCACCACCCCCAACCAGACUGAUUUUCCUCUCCCAAAGCCUGGUAUAAAAUGAAAUUUGGGAAGUAUUCCCGAAGAGUUUAACCACCAAGCACCCUCUGCUCUGGCAGGGACAGCAGACUUGGGGUUUUGUAGCACAACAGCCCCGGGAAGCCUUGGGGAGUGGUGGCUUGUGGUGCUGAUGGGGGAGUGAAGCAGCGACCUCUGCAUGGAGAGGAGAGGUCAGCCCCAACGCAAGAAACGGCAUCAUCAGCCAAACUGUACAGAUUUCACCUGAAUAUAUAUUUCUUGUGCUCUGGUCUAUGAGAUUCUGUAUUUUUAAUGUAUUGAUUUGCCAAUAUUUGAUGCUGUCAUGUUCUUUAUAUAUGCUGUACAAAAGAAUCCGAUGUUAUAUUUCUAUGUAGAAGUGUUUCCCCCAUGGUUGGGCUUAAAAUAUAAAAUAGAGAUGCGAUUCCAGUGUCCCACGUAUAGGACCCAGACCCCUUGCAAACUGUGCAAGCUGGAAGGAUUUUCACGCUGUUUAGCGUUUGAUUGGGAAGCUGGAGGGGUACCAGAGAAAACUUUUACAAGUAGCACUUCCCCUGAAUAACCAAGGGAGAGGAGGAGCUCUGGGCACUUUAAGCACUUUGCGAUGGAUGUUUGUCCCCUUGCACUCACCAGGAAAUCUCCUACAGUCCCCAGGUAUGUAAAGGAGACUGCCCAGGACCAUGAUCCUGGCUGGCUGCAUCCGUGCCUGCGAUAAAAUGAGCAUGGAGCAUCACCUGGGAACGAGGUGCUGGGUGCACGUGGGGUUGGGACACGGCUGCUGGGCUCCUCCUGCAGAGCUGCGGAGGAGCAGGAGGAAGCUCCUUAGUUCAGGUUCAGCAGCAGCCACGCUCCCUUUGUAAUUCCUGGUUGCGUUUUUAAAUAGAUUUAUGCCCUCUGAAGAUCCCCCAGUGUUUGGCAUUUUUUAUAAGGAUUUUGUUAUAAUGACUAUGCUGCAACAAUCUCGCGUAAUCAAGUACCCAAUAAAUGUGUGUUUACUGAGCUUUUGGGUAAUUCCGUGGCCCUUGCAGUGAACGUGUUUAGGCAUUCUGUUCAAUGCUCAGUGGAGUUCGUUAUGAGAAGAACAACAAAACCUGGAAGCAAAAGCUUUAUUGUACCGUGCCUACAGAGUUAAAGGCUUGUGAUCGGCUGGCCGGCUGGAGCACAGGCUCUUUAAUUCUCCUCUGAAAUGGCUGUGUUGAUAUGAUUUUACAAUUACCGCCGUGUAAGUGACAAUUUCCUAGGUGGCUACUUGUGCGCUUUAAUAAAGGAAAAUAAAAACCCCGUGUACUUGGAA